CUGUAAUGGUUGUUAUCAGUGACAGUGACAGUGUAGUCAUCUCUAAGGCAACUUCAUAUUUUCCUGGUUUAAAUUUGUCUCAUUUUACACAUCUCCGACUUUUUGGCAAAGGAUAAAACUUAACUACAAGUUUCCAAAAGAAUUGACAUUACAUAUCAAGUGGACAUGCAUUAUUGUGAUUUAAUUAUUAUUGUUUUACAGCUUAUUGUCAAUACCAUUCUUGUUUUGUUGUUGUAGGAUUUCACAAUUCCUAGUGUGGCCUGUACAUCACAGGAAGACCAGGAAAACAUGACACUGAAAGUCACUUUGCUAAGUAGUGAGUGGAAAUCAUCCACUAAUGGGGAUUUCUCAACUAUCAACCGAGAGCUGGCCAUCCAGUUAGCUAAACACCCCAAUGUGGAUGUUAGUGUCUUGCUUCCAAAUUGCAGUGAAGUGGACAGGAGCAGUGCAGAAAGUCACAAUGUGAAGCUUGUUGAAGCAGAUAGAGUUCCUGGUUUUGAGCCAGUUCUUUGCCUGUCCUUUCCUCCAAGAGACCAUACAAUAGACUGUGUCAUUGGUCAUGGAGUUCACCUUGGCCGACCAAUUGCAUCCAUGAAGAGAAAUCCAAAUUACAGUCAUUGCAAAUGGAUUCAAGUUGUUCACUCUGCUCCUGAGGAAGAUGGAAUGUACAAAGACAUUUCAGAAGGUCAAAAAAUGCAAGAAACAGAAAUCCAACUCUGUAAAAUGGCUGAUCAAGUUAUCACAAUUGGACCUAAGCUGGCAGAAGCUUACAAGUGUUACCUUUGUCCAGCUAAACAGGAGGAAAAAGUUUUUGACCUUACUCCAAGCAUUUUCUCUGAAUUUUUGGCAGUAGAGCAAGCCGCUAUAGAAAGAAAAAUAUUCCGUAUUCUUGUAAUUGGAAGUGGUGACAGCUGUGAAGAUUUCAAUGUCAAAGGGUAUGACAUAGCUGCCAAAGCAAUUGCCGAGUUGAAAGAUGAAUCAUACAAACUCAAGUUUGUCUGUGCAGCUGGAGGAAAAGGAGAUAUUGUAGCUGAAAAUUUGCUCCACCAUGGCAUUAGUCGUAAUCAGCUUAUUGUUUGCAGCUUUGAUGAUAACAGAGAAGUGCUGGCAAACUUAUUCUGUGAGGUAGAUCUUGCAAUAAUGCCAUCCAGGACGGAAGGUUUUGGAACAACAGCUCUGGAAGCAUUAUCUGCUGGUCUGCCUGUACUUGUCAGUGGUAAUUCAGGGCUUGGAGAAGCUCUGAAGAAAGUGCCUUUAGGCUCCCAGAGUGUGGUAGACUCUGAAGAUCCUAAAGAGUGGGCCAGAGAAAUAAAGCGUGUCCAUCAGAAAGAGAGAGACGUGCGACUUUCAGAGUCAAGACUUCUACGUGAAAAGUACUUGGAGAAGUACAGCUGGGAGGAGCCUUGUAAGAGUCUAGUGAUAAAGAUGAAGAACCUUGUCUUUGGUAAAUUUACUUAAAUUUAAUGUUUCAGUCUUAACUUGUCUAGUAACUGAUAAAAAGUUGAAUCAGCCUUGAGUCAACCUGGACCUGUGAUAAUCAUAAAUUCUUUAGAGACCUGAAUCAAACAAAUAGUUAAAAAUGAUAAAUACUCAGGAAAGGUAAAUUUAAGUGUUAUGUAAUAAUCUUACCCACAAGAUUAGCAACAGUGUUAGAGAGUUUUACACAUGUACUUGGUAAAGUGCAUUUGCUUGGGAAAUACUUUUUAUAGUUAUUUUACUCAAGGCAUAAAGUAGGUACUGUUGAAAGUUGAACAAGCAUGGUCAACUUGGUUGGUGUCUUUUUUUAGACUCAGUAAUAUUAUGUUUAUUAGUAACUGAAACAUUUAGUGGUACUGUACAGUAGCCUUAAUUCUAACUCUCCUCCUAGGAAGGUAUUCUGAGUUAAUUUAUGACAAUUUUCAGUGGAACUUUGGCUGGACUGCUCAGAUAAAUUCUUUUUUCUCUUUACUGUCUGUAGGUAAAGCUCUACACAGCUCUCCAGACUGUGAAGAAACAGAGAGGAAUAAACAAGGAGAGUCUAUGCCAGGUCAGUAAAC